GUCAUCUUUCCAUUCUCCGAGCUUCUUCAGCGUCUCUCGGUCUUUGUGAACGAAGACCAAAUUACAAACGUUUAAUCACAAAAUAUCCCAAAGUUAAAAGGGUAAAAGAGUCGAAUUUGGGAUCUGGAAUGGAAAUCGAUUCUUUGAGCCGCUGUCUUGAGAAAAGUCUUUUACUUCAUUGCGGCCUAAGGAUAUGGAAUUUGCCGAGUUGUUCAGUGGUUCAGUGCAAAAUGGCUGGUUGGGCCAAAGGAUUGCGAUUUCGAGAUCGUCCUUCUUGUACUUUAGCUUCCACAUAUAAGUCUCGUGAGAGAGGGUUGCCCUUUAAAAGAUUUUCAGUGCAUGUUGGGGCAGAGGAAUCCCCUUUUACACAGUCUGGUGAUUACAUAAACCAUGAUGAGGACAUUUCAAUGGAAGAUUCUUCCGAGGAUCCUCUUUCUCGUCCAUUGACCAGUGAUGAGUUGAAGUCACUGUUCAUUGAUUCUGAAAGAUCGAAGCUUGUCAAAAAAUUAAGUGAAGCCAAUCAGCAGAAUCGGUUUCUCAAGCGUCAGCUGAAAACACAGGAGGAUGACUUGGCUAACUUCAAAAGCGAGCUUGCAGUUAUGGAACUUGAAGUCCAGGCUUUGGUGAAACUGGCAGAAGAAAUAGCAAACCUCGGAAUCCCGAAAGGUUCUAGGAAGAUCAACGGAAAGUACAUUCAGUCUCACCUUCUCUCUCGUCUAGAAGCUGUGCAAGAGAAGUUGAAGAAACAGAUGAAAGAUGUUGAGGCUGCAGAGUCCAAGGAAGUUCAUGUGUCUUGGUACGGCAUGGCAGAGAGUGUACAGAUAAUGGGCACAUUCGAUGGAUGGAGCCAAGGGGAGGAUCUAUCCCCUGAAUACACCGGUUCUUACACCAAGUUCUCGGCCACGUUGAUGCUCCGACCUGGACGGUACGAGAUCAAGUUCUUGGUGGACGGAGAGUGGCAAUUGUCGCCGGAGUUCCCAACCGUCGGCGAGGGAAUGAUGGAAAACAACGUUUUAGUUGUUGAAUAGCUCCGGCAACUUUAUAAGAAUCUUGACAUCAGAAGAGAUUCUUUUCCGCAACAUUCUGUCUACAUUGCAAUACGUAGUAAAUGCACAUAUCUGAAACAACCAGCCAAAGGGCAUAAAGAUUCUGCUCGAGUCUUUAUCUCUUUAUAUCGAUCUUGAUGGAAAUUAGUGACUGUCUACUGGUUUAGCGAUUCAGGCACGUCUCAUGUGUAAAAAUCAUGAAUAUAAUUUUCGUCGGUCCGAAAAUAUUUGAACUUA